ACGUGAGAGUUAACGUUAAACCGAGUUUACACUGCAGCAGUGAGGAAACAGUCACCGCACGACAAUCUGUGUCGCUCACACAGUGAAACCCCUAACAAACCAGGAAAGCAGUGUCCACCUGGAGAGGGUGUCACAGAGGGCGUAAGCUGAUGCUGGUUCGGACAGCCCACCUCUUCCCCCUCAUCAUCUCCCAUCAUCUGCAUCCUUCGUGCGCCCGUUCUGCAAGACAGACAUUUUGGUGGAGCUUAGGCAGUGCUGCUGCUGCCAGCUGGGGACCGAGAUCCAUGGAGCCCGAGGUUCCCACCACCAAACCUCCUACCACGCCAGCAGAGGGUAUGAGCCCGGCACCCACCGACACAGCAGCUGACAAGGAGAAGAAGCUUCCUGCGGGACUGUUACCAGGGGAGAUGGUGGUCAAGGAGGGCAAGGCGACCAUCUUGUUUCCCAGUGCUAAUGAGGUGUUUUACAACCCAGUCCAGGAGUUUAACAGGGAUUUGACAUGUGCUGUGAUCACAGAGUUUGCCAGAGAUCUGCUGGCUCAGCGCGGCGUGAAGGUGGUGGUGCCCGGAGAGAAAGAGAGGGUGGUGGUCUCUCUGGCAGAGGAGACAAACGAGGCCGACGUACAGACGGAGGAGAAAAAUGGAGCAGAGGAGCCACCUGUAACUGUAACAGUGGGGGAGAAAUAUGAGCACGGCCUACGUGUUCUGGAGGGGCUGGCGGCGUCUGGUCUGCGCUCGGUGCGUUUCGCUCUGGAAGUCCCGGGCCUGCAGAGCAUCACCGCCAACGACUUCUCCAGCAAGGCCGCGGCGCUGAUCGCCAGGAAUGCCCAGUACAACGGAGUCAGCCACCUGCUCCAGGCCAGCUGCAAGGAUGCCAGCAUGCUGAUGUAUGAGAUGCGAGGGAAGAAGGAGCGUUAUGAUGUAAUCGAUCUGGACCCCUACGGUAGCCCUGCUUGCUUCCUGGAUGCUGCUGUGCAGGCUGUCAGUGAGGGAGGUCUGUUGUGUAUAACAUGUACAGACAUGGCGGUGAUGGCAGGAAACAGUGGAGAGACCUGCUACAGCAAAUACGGUUCAGUCUCCAUCAAAGCCAAAUACUGUCAUGAGAUGGCUCUUCGUAUCAUCCUCCACAGUUUGGACCAGCGGGCCGGGGUGUACCAUCGAUAUAUCCAGCCCCUGCUGUCCGUCAGCGUCGACUUUUACAUCAGGGUCUUUGUUCGUGUCUUCACGGGACAGGCCAGUGUCAAAAACUCAGCCAGCAAACAGGCUCUGGUCUACAACUGUGUGGGCUGCGGCUCUUUUCACUUACAGAGAAUGGGCAGGAGAACCAGCAAUGGAAAACAUAUGAAGUAUUCUCCUGCCACUGGACCCCCAGUUGGAUCAGCGUGUGAGCACUGUGGACAGAGACAUCAGCUGGGUGGUCCUCUGUGGGCAGAGCCCAUCCACGAGCUGGCAUUCGUCCAGAAGGUUUUGUCUGCGGUGUCGGGGAACCCGUCCCGAUUUGGGACGUCCAAACGCAUUGAGGGCGUGCUCAGCAUGGUGACGGAGGAGCUGGAGGACGUUCCUCUUUAUUACACUGUGGACAAUCUGAGCAGCACGAUACACUGCAAUACUCCACCUCUGCUCCAGUUUAGGUCUGCUCUCCUUCAUGCUGGCCACAGAGUUUCCCUCUCUCACGCCUGUAAGAACGCCAUUAAGACGGACGCUCCCCCUGCAGCCCUCUGGGACAUUAUGCGCUGCUGGGAGAAGGCCAAUCCUGUGAAGAGGGAGAAGCUGUCAGAGACUAGCCCCGCCUUCAAGAUCCUGUCCACUGAGCCCAGCCUAGAAGCCUGCUUCACUGUGAGGGAGGAUGCCAACCCUCAGUCCCGUAAACACCACCUGACCAGGUUUCAGGAGAAUCCUCAGGCCUACUGGGGACCCAAAGCUCGUGCCAAAGCUGGAGGUGGUAUAUCUGCUGACCUGCAGGACAAGAGGAAGAAGUGCCAGAACAAGAGAAAGAACCAGACAACAGACUCUUCUCAGCUAAAGGACUUCCCCUGCAAGAAGUUCAGACAGGGAACAUGCACCCAUGGUGACAAAUGCUGCUACUCCCACGACCUGGAGCAGACGAAUGAAGAGAAAAUGGAUUGAUCCUAUCUUACUUUUAUUUUUUCUUUCAUUGUAUUUCUGGACUUGGAACGGCAGCAUGCAGCCUGGAUAAAGAAUGAUGUGCUGCGAUCACGUUGUAUUUAGAUGGGGAGAAAAACCUAAAAACUGUUCACAUGCAGAACAUUAUUCAGCUUUAAGCCAUAGCCUUUUUUUUUAUUUUUUUUUUUAUGCCAGUUCUGUUUUAGUCCAAUAAAGUCCCCACGAUGACUUUAUUUACUCAUGCUGCUUUCUUCUGGUCUACGUGCUUUGGCUGAGUGUUAGUCAUCACUUUUAACCACUGUGGGAUGUUAGUAUGACUUGGUGUGUGCGUGUGUCAGCAGGGUGCUCUGUCUUAUCAAAACUUAAAUAUCUGAAAUACAGACAUUUAAACUUUGGUAACUUUCAGGUCACAGACCCACUGUUUCAAGACUGUAUUUAAUGAAUAUUUGACAAUCGUUUAUAGCUUUCUAACUACUCGGGAUGAAUAACAGAACUGCAUGUAAACCUACCCCAGCAAGCAUUUAACUUGAAACAACAGCAGUAAAACUUUGUCUUUAAAACUGUUCUGGAAGCUGUUUUUAAUAGAUGUAAAUGUCGACUUCAGAAAUCCUAACUUUGAAUUUAAAGGAUGAUUUAAAGGGUCUCUGGCAGCGGUGCAACACGGCUUAUGAAGAGAAA